CGAAAGAAAUGCGAGAUAAAUAAUGUCGAUAAUGUGUUAAUUAGGUUUAUUUUGUUGUUGUGUGGGUCUCGGCCUAUCGAUUUUUACAACCUGUUGCGGCCCAGUUUGCGGUUAAUGAGUUCCGAAUCGUUGCUCUCACAGCACGAGAACGAAGAACAGUUUCUUUCCGGAAGAAGAGAACUGAAGAUGGAGGCCAGGGCGGAGCACCAGAAAACCAAGCACUACAGAUCCUUGUAUGCGUUCACCACAUCAACGGGCGCCGGUACUUUGGUCAUGGUACUCUUCUGGAUCCUCCACUACCGUGGUGGAUUCGCCUGGCAGUCGAAUCCUGGCCUCGAAUUCAACUGGCACCCGUUCCUCAUGUUCCUGGGAAUGAUCUUCAUGUAUUCUCAAUCAAUGCUGACGUACAGGACGUUCAGGCACGUGGUGAAGAGGAAGCUGAAGCUGCUACACGCCAGUGUCCAUCUACUCGCUUUUAUUUGCUCCGUUAUUGGCUUGAAAGCUGCGUUCGAUUCGCACAAUUUGAAGAACCCCCCAAUUCCCAACCUUUACACCAUGCAUUCCUGGAUCGGAUUGGCUACUGUUGUCAUUUUCUCCGCCCAGUACUUGUAUGGGUUCAUUAGCUUCUUGUACCCGGGCCUUUCGAUGGUUUACCGGAGGGCGUUCAUGCCUGUCCACGUUGCUGUUGGUACUGCCGGCUUCCUCAUGGCUGUCGUCGCUGUUAUUACUGGUUUGACUGAGAAAACAAUCUGGGUGUUGGGGAACAAUUAUGCCGAGUACGUGUCCGAGGGCAUGAUGACCAAUUUUAUAGCACUGUUUACGUUGGUUUAUGGAGUGAUGGUGCUCUAUCUAGUCAACGAGGAGGACUAUAAGCGUGCCGCUUUGCCGGAGGAUGAGAUCGCCCUCACACAAAACGAUUAAAUUACUUAAAUAUCUUGACUUAUUGUAACUUCGGGUGCUAUAUUUAUUUCCUCGCUGUUUUUGUUUGUAUUCUUGUGAAAAUAUAUGUAUCGCACAA